AUAUUGCAUCAAAUUAUAAUCAUCGGAUUCUUCUUGCGGUUGCAAAUGGGCUCGUCACUCUGAUAAAUUGAUAGACAGAAAUAAAUUUAAUCAAUGGCGUUCUUGCACAAUCACAAGGUUUUACUCAAUUGUUGCAAUCUUCUGUUUUUGUUUUGUGGUGUAACGCUUGUAGUUUCCGGUUUCUAUUUGUUCACCGAUUCUAAGCGUAUCUUGCUCUCCCGCUUGCUAGCAGCUACAAGUGAACAACUCAACGAUUUACCUCAGCCCUUAUUUUACUAUAUUGCGAUUGGUUUCGCUUUGGCAGGAUUGGUGGCUGUACUCUCCGCCAUAGCCGGCUUCUGGGCGUCUUGCUUGCACACCUACUGUUGCCUCAGUUUGUAUUUCCUCGCCGUAAUCGUACUGCUUUUAGCUGAAUCGAUGGUCUGCCUGGCAAUCACAUUGUGGCCACACUGUCUUGGAAUAACCUUGGACGAGUCAAAAAUGGUGAAGGCCCUGCAGGGAAACUAUGGUGUUCCUGGUAAGGAGCAAUUUACUAUUGCCAUGGACUUGGCACAAGCGCGAUUCGGCUGCUGCGGAAUGAGUAGUGACAUCAAUUAUGAUACAUCUCUCUGGAAAUUGCAGCGCUAUGGCCAGCGCGAGUGGGUGGUACCGCUCACCUGUUGCAUUUUAAAAAAUGCGAACGACAAACUGUCCUACUUGGAUCCGAAGCCAGUGAAUGAGACACAAUGUCAAACAUUGCAGAAGGUGGAUUUCGCCGACUAUCGACACAUGUCACCAUGCCUAAGCUACUUGGACACCUGGUAUCGUGAGCAGUAUGUGGUGUUUUUGAGCGCUAGUCUCAUAGUUGCUAUUGUCGAGUUUUGCGUAUUGCUAACUAUCAUUUUUAACUGUACAAAGGUACAAGAGUUACAAAACGUGAGAGGCAAAACCCGUCAAAUGUUGGUGGAGAAUAUUUACGGACCAGUAAAUUCGAACUUUGAACGCCAUGUGGAAAAUGCUUACUCUGAAGAUUUCAAGGGUGUGUACAUACAACCGCGUGAGCUCCAUAAACAGAGACACAACACCACCUUUAAACCGAUAGCUAAAGAUUACAGUUCUCAGAAACGUUAGCUUAAGGGAAAAACGUGUCAUGCCCUAAAGGUGCAAUAUGAACUUGUUGACAAAGUGAAUUGAGAUAGCCUGAAACUAUGUGAGGCCGAAAAUAAGCUUAUAAGAAUUUUGUAUUUUUGUAUUGUAAUUUUGUACUGUAUUUUAAGCUUAUAAGGAUUUUGUAUUUUUGUAACGUAAAUAA